AUGUCAUUAUCCAACGGGAGUAGUGGCACCAACGGGUCUACCAAGGUCACCCCUAUUUUGCAACAACUGCGAAAGUUUAACAGCAAGUGGCUCAGACUCUGCUGGCAUGACUAUACAUCGACCGCAAGAUGCCGCCUGGUCCCCAUGAAGCGGGUGCUGGCCUUAUUGGAGUGUGGUGAGCCCUUCAGUUUACCGAUCACCAAGGCUAGCCUUGGAAUGCUCCAAACGGACGCCUUGGUUCCGGAGAUCACCGGUACCGGGAUGUAUGAGGCUUUUCCAGACUGGCUGUCUCUGAGGCAAGGUCCUGUUCCGGGCCAUGCAUCAGUAUUUCUUGAUUUCAAACACAAGGACGGAUCUGACGUUGAUCUUUGCCCCCGAACACUUCUCCGAAAUACUCUCGCAUCAGCAGAGAUGCACGGUUUAUCGUUUCUGCUUGGCUUCGAGCUCGAAUUCGUGAUACUUGAGACCUGCGGAGAGAAUCAGCCACAAGCUUUGCGCCACGUCGCUCACGGAUGGUCUUUGGCUAGAGCAAUCGCCGACUGUGGCCGACACGGAAGCUUUAACAGCAAAAUUGAUGAGCUACUCGACAACCUGCAAGCUGCAGGCAUUGAGAUCGAGCAGCUUCACACCGAAACGGGGCCGGGACAGUACGAAAUCGUCCUGCCGCCACUGACGCCUCUGGAAGCAUGUGAUACCCUGCUUCGGACCCGUCACAUUAUCGAAGCCGUGGCCAUGCGGAAUGGGUUCCACGUGACACUGCAUCCGAAGCCCUUUGCUGGAGGUAGUGGCUCUGCCUCGCAUAACAAGGAGGCACCACUGCGAAAGUGUGUAGACAGUCACUGGGAGAUGAAGACUCUGGAUGGUCUGGCGAACCCCUACAUCGCUGUAGCAGGCAUACUUGCAGCCGGAACAGAUGGCUUGGUCAAGGGGGAGCCCUUGAUUUGGCUCGACUGUGCCGUCGAUCCAGCGAAACUUACGGAUGAGCAGCGACAAGAUCUUGGUGUGAAGAGGAGGUUUCCCAAGAACUUAGGGGAGGCUCUUGAUGCUCUCAAAAGCAAUGAGGUGCUGAAGGAGUCCUUGGGACGCGAGGUUGUACAGAGAUAUACGGACGUUAAAAAUGGCGAGAUGCACAUGAUGGAUUCAAUGACGGAGGAAGCGCGCCGAAAAUGGAUCAUUGAGAGAUAUUGA